GGGCGCAGACAUUAAGUGGCUGUUCCGGCCGCGGAGAGGAGCACCCGACACCGACAGCGACAGCGACAGCGACAGGUCCGGACGCCGCUCAGUGACAUCCGCCGGCUGAGCACCAGGCUGUUCCCUGAUGAGUCGUUGCCAACAUCCUAAUUAUCCUACUUAGAAGCAAGAUGAUUCCAGGGAACGAAUUACUGCAAAGGGCUCUGCUAAUAUGGGCACUGCUGUUGCAGAUGGUCGGACAGCGUGCAGUGGAGGCGCACGCCCGCCUCAUGGACCCGCCCGCCAGGAACUCCAUGUGGAGGUUCGGCUACUUGACGCCCGUCAACUACAACGACAACGAACUCUACUGCGGCGGCGCCAAUGUGCAGUGGCAGCAGUACAACGGCAGCUGCGGCAUCUGCGGCGACAGCUUCGGGGAGCCCAGGCCGCGUCCUCACGAGGCUGGCGGUCUCUACGGUCAGGGCGUCAUCAGCAGGCACUUCGUCACCGGACAGGAGAUCCAGGUUGAAGUCGACCUGACGGCGAACCACUACGGCUACUUCGAGAUGUAUAUCUGCCCCAACAACAACCCAAAGAAAGAAGUGGAUGAAGAUUGUCUCACCAGGAACCCGCUGCUGGUGGUGGGCAGUGAGAACGAGACUCGCUUCCACAUCCCGGACGGCACCGAGAAGAGCGCGACGCUGCGGUACAAGGUGCGCCUGCCGCCCUUCCUCACCUGCACGCAGUGCGUCAUACAGUGGAAGUACAUCACGGCUAACAACUGGGGCGUGUGCGCCGACGGCAGGGAGGACAUCGGCUGCGGGCCGCCCGAGACGUUCGUCAACUGCGCCGACGUGUCGGUGGUGACGGCCGUCGGCGGCCUGCCGCCAGCAUUCGUCAGCGCGCAGGACAACCCCAACCUGCUCUACUACCGCGAUCUGCGCGCGCCCAGCGCCAUCUCGCCUCUCGUCCUCAGGGCGCAGGUGUGUCAGCCGACACCGCUCUACCGCUCGUCGCCUGGCAUGGGCGAGUGGUGCCAGACCAACUGCCUGCGGUACCCACCCAACUGUCCUCCGGACCUCUGCCACUGUCCACGCACCUGCGAAGCUAUCGGCGACCUGGCGGGCCGCAGGGGCGCAGACGAGUACUGCAUGGACCGCUGCAUCGUCUAUCCUCCCCGGUGCCCCUUGGAUCGCUGCUCGUGCUACUGAUGCCAAGGCGCUGGCCUACGAUUCUCAACCACUACCACCACAACAGCAACGGCUCCUGCCCUAGCAGACACACUACCCAGUGUUUCACUGUGUUCUGUUAACUGCAUCAGAUUCCAGGCCAUGCACCGCCUUGAUGAAAAACAGUUUACUCUCCUGUACAGCGCACGCAAACUAGUGACAAUUCCGGCCUGUAUACAUUACUCGUCUUAUCGACUUGAAUAUCAACGAGAUGCACAUGUUCUGACAUGAUAACUACUAUGUUUCUGACUACAGCAUUAUCUUUCAGUCUACAAACAGCUACAGUAUCAGUUUCUUCUAAUGUUCGUGACAAACGUUCAUACCAGAAACCCAGAUGUGAUACUAUUCAAAUGAAAUAAACUCGAGAAAAUUCUCUCCGUA